UAUAUGUUUUUUAUAUGUUAAGUGUGUUUAUAUACUUGCUCAGUUUCUUUUACAAUUUUUUUAGAAGAAAAGGAAUAAUAGUUUAAUAAAAAAUGAGAUUUGUUGUUUUUGCUUGCGUUCUUUUUAUGUUGAUGACAACUGUUGCAUGUACCCAUAACGAUUUAGAGUGGGUGUUGUUAAAAAAAAAUGCUUGUUUUCAUGCUAAAGAUAACCAACCAGCAGUCGUUCCUGUAAAUAAAUCAGGGUGGUUAGUUGCAGCUAAGCUUGUACAUGUUAGUGGUAUUAUGAAAUGCCACCCGUCACUUCCAGGGAGCAUUUUUGGCUGCGUUAUCGACAAUUUAUUUAAUGUCUUUAUUUGCGAUGAAAAACGACAAAUUAUUUUUCCAUCUCCAAACCAAGCAAUUACUUAUGACCCUUAUAAGAAUUAUCAAUACCGUGGAUUUACAGCAAACGACAAUGAAGUAGUUUUUACCGAUUUGAGUUACCCUGUUUACUUAAAAGCUGGAAAAAAAGUUACAAUUUGGAAUGGGGAGGAUCUUUUUGACCUAACAGAAGAAGAUAAUUCUGGAAUCGUUUGCGUUGACGUUUACGGUUCAUUCCUUACUACUUUAAACUAAUCUGUGAAAUUAACUUCUUUGUUGUAAAUUAUAAUUGAUAUUAAAUUAAAAAAUACAUUUAAAA